GCGAUACGUUCUGACGGCUUUAGUGAGCUGUUCCUCUCUGGAGCGAUACGAUGUUUUCACCUCCUCCAGCAUGGACUCAACAAACCCCUUCAACUUCUGUCCCAAAUCCCCCUCCCCAGCUGCGGAAACACAUCCUGUAGCUGGAGUUACAUGUUCGUCACCGACCAAGAGAGAGAGAACUUAUUCCCAAGCACUCCUACCCUCUCGUCUCAGUCCUUCUGAGCUUUUCAGGGAUAAAGCACACACAUGCUCGCACGUGAACAUGGGAAACUGAGUAAUCUGAGAUAAAACGAGUGAGGAAAGAGUGUGGGAAAAAACGAGGAACAGAGACCGCAUCACGCAGACAUUCCUCAGCAGGGAGACGAGGAGGAAAAAACCAGCCAGCGCACAUCUGGAGGAGAAAGGGGGAGGAACGGACGGGCAGAGAGCAGCAGAAGUGAUUUUAAGAAAGCGUGCGUGUUUAUGUGAUGGCCUUGGAGGUCGAGCGUCCAGCUUUACGAGCAGCAGUGACCCCCGAAUCUGAGGAAGAGGGUUAGAGACUCAUGUCAAGACUCCAGAAUGAGCGGUGAUGUCCUCUAGCUAACCUCUCACAGCAUUCAUGCCGCUCUGCGUUUCUGCAUAGCGUACCCGUGUACGUUCCAGGAAUUCGGGCGCUCAGGAGGGUGUAUGGCCGUGCGCAGGCUGGUGGUGGUGGCGGCGGCGGUGGCCCUGCUUUCUCUGGUGCUCAACAACGUGGCGACGUUCAACUCCAGCUGGGUGCUGCAGGAGCUAGACAACGGACGGCGGCGGAGCGUGGGUCUCUGGAGAGCGUGUGCACACGAGGACACACACACUCAUGAACACACAGCCUGCCAGAGACUCAGCUGGGGAUCGGAGCUCGCGGGGUCUCAGGAGUCACGCAGCACCGUCAAACUUCAGUUUGACAUGAUGCGAGCGUGUAACCUGAUGGCUACGGUGGCUCUGACCGUGGGUCAGCUAAUCUUCCUGUUUGGGUUACUGGAGAUAACCAACAUUACCCAGGAUUCUCAGUGGUGGGAGGAAGCCAUCGCUGCCCUGUUCCAGUUAGCCAGUUUUGUGCUGGUGAUCGGUCUGGUGACGUUCUACAGGAUCGGCCCCAAUACUUACCUGUCCUACGACUGCUACAUUAACAUCGCCGCUUGCUUGUUUGCCACACUAGCGGCCGCCAUGCUCAUCUGGAAUAUCCUGCAUCGGCGUGAUGACUCCAUGUCUCCGUCGGUCAUCCUCAUCAGCCGAUCUCUGACCACACCCUUCAGGCCACGUCUAGACAAUGACUACGUAGAGUCACCCUGCUGACACACACAGACACAUCUCACCUGAGACAAAACACAAAUACACCUGGAGAGGAGUUCUGUCAUGUUAAGUCAAACCGAUCUCCUGGAAUGAUGAGGGCAGUGAUCAUGUGACUGCAAAAAGUGGAUUCGGACUAAAUGGAAGACUUUUGAAACGCAUUUAAACACAGAAGCAGCACCGUGGAUUGCCAUGAAUCCAACAGACAGAUAAAGAUCAAGCUGGAUCUUGACACGUUUAUGUUCAUAAUGAGAAUGUAGAAGCACAUUUGCAUGCACAAACAUCUGUUGUAGUUCUAUGAAACAUGGAGUUUCAGAUUUUAUAUUUGAAUAUUGCUCCCAGGUCAACUGAAUACAGUCCUUUACAGACCGGCAUGGAAUCUGCACAUGAAUACAUGUUCUCUGCUAAUUGAAGAUUUUCAUAUAACUAUGUUCAAUCAUUUGUGUGUGUGUGUUUUGAAUAAAUCUAUCUAGUUUUGCAUAAAUAAAUCUAUUUAGUUUUAAAUCUAAAACUAAAUCUAUUUUUAGAAACAUUGCAGUAUUUUGCAUUAUGACAUAUUUAUUACAAAUAAGCACAUUUUCCCCCAUAUUCUCAAUGUCUAAAUGCUUUACUUUUGAGCGUUUUUAUUUUAUUACAACCAUAAAUUAAAGCAGAACAACAAAUAUAUAAAAUAAAACCGUGAAAUAAUGUCAUGAGAACUCAUGUAUGCACAAUUGAAAACAUGCUUGAUUGCUACGUUUCAAGCAAAAUGUAAUUUCUUUUUUUUUUUUUUACAUUUGUCAAAUUACUCCAAUUUAUUUCAUCUACCAAUUUAAGAGGGAAUGAGACGGAAAUCAUGGAUUUUAUUUUUUUUCAGUAAUGAGAACAGCAGGGACAUUUUGCUUCAUUAAUAACCAUGAAAAUUUGCUUAAUUGCUUCAUUUUGUUUAUGCAAAACAUAUAUUUUUUUAUUAUUGUUUAUUUUAUAUAUAUAUGACAUCCAUAUAUGGCCAAAUGUGUUAUAAAGAGUAAAAGUGUUAUCAAAUGAUUCCAAAAUAUUCAAUUUAUGAAUACGUGAAGGGGACGAGAUGGAAACCUGGAGGUGCAGAUUCUGUGCAGGUCUGGUCAUUUGGUACCAAAAAUUAUUUUAUUGACUUCUGCAUGUGCAUUCAUCUGAAAUCUAACAUCUGAUAUUACAUAAUCUACAAGAUGCCAACGAGGAAACUCUGUAAAGUCACCAUCUGAAAGUGAUGGACUGGAACUACAUGAGUUCAGUAAACAAUAGACAUUAAUAUUUGACAUUAACCUGUGCCUGUGGUACCCACAUAUGAGUAUAAUAUAGAGCUAUAUUAAGUAUAUUAUUAAAAUUUCACAUUUCACCCUGAGUGGGACUGGUAUAAUAUUAUUAAAGAAAUAAACAUUAAGCCAUUCAACACUUAAA